AUGCUUGCAUCUGUCCCCCGCCAAGGCUGCCAAGGCCCCCAGCCGGCGCCGCUCGCGGGGCUUCGCCGGGCCGGUAGCGUCCCCCGUUUCGCUGCGAUGCGCGCCACCGUCGCCGCCGUGUCCGUGCUUGUUUUUUUUAGUUGCACGCCAGCCUCCGCAGGUGUCGCGCCUUCGAACGGCGACUCGAGUUUCGUGCAGCCUUCAGUCCCCGUGAGCUCUUCCGAGAGGGAACUCAAACGCAAGGUCAGGGAGCUCCUUCUCGAGGGCCCUGCCAUGCAAGCGAGGACGAGGAAACUGGUCGAGAUCGGCCGCCGACUCAACUUUGACGGACUGGUACUUGAUCUGACGGCUGCUCAGCCCCGGUCGCAGGCGGACGCGGCGGCCCUUUCAGACAAGGAGGUCCAAGAUGUGGUGAAGAGCUACUUCCAGAAGUUCGCGAUCGAUGCAGAAAGGCGUGCAAUGCACGAGCUCAGAGAAGAGGACCCGGAAUUGGCAGCCAACCUCAAGUCCGCCAACGUCGCCGCAGAGGUGAAGCACCUUGUCGCGUCGAGGUUGUCCGAGAUCGAGGUUGUCUCGCCCUCGAAACAGGUCACUGACGCGCUCACUCAGGUGGCGGAGUUUUUCCGGGACAUCAAGGCGAACCGGGAGAAGUUCGUGAAGAUGGUGCACCAGAAGUUUGAUUUCGAGACGCCCAUUGCCUUUGACAAGGCUUUGGCAGAAGCGGACGAAAAAGCAGCGAUUGAAGCAGCGAUCGAGAUUGCGAGGGACGAGACCCGGAGACGCUUGGAGCGCGUCAUCGACGACAUUUCUGCAGAAGAGCGCAUGGCUAUGGCGUCGCUCGGCUUGAGCAUGGCUCACCUUGAAGAGUCUCUCCUCGAGCGGAUGGUCAAUCCGUAUCGGGCCGCCAGAGGAGAGACGCGCCAGCAAAGCGAGCAACUGCGUGCCGUUGUUGCAGACGCCCAGGCGCAAAUGAAGAAGGAACGCCUGGAAGAGCACACAUCAGACGCGGAGAGCUUCGCCUCCGCAGGCCUGCUGCCGGCGCCACCCGCUUUCCUGGCUCAGAUGCCGAUGCGCCACAAAGCUGCCGUGGUCGUCCUGUUGGCGGCCGCAGCGGCCGCUUUGGCGGUGGGCGGGAAAGUCUACAAAAUCCACAAGGCGCGCGCGAAGCAGCGCCGGCGAGCCGCGGAAGACGCCUUGCUGGAACUCAAUUUGGAAGAGCUUGUGGCGGCGCCGCUGAAGAAAACUGGGCGCAGCUCGCAGAGACGCCGGCUGCGCUCCAGCAGGCUCCGCCGUCUCGAGCGAACCAGGUCCCGGUUCGUCGAUGCGCCCGCAGGCCCCAGCCUGGAAGAAGACACCUUUGCAGACUCGAUGGAGGACGAGGACUUAAGCGAGGUCCUCGAGCGUGUGCCAGUCGGACGAAGUCAGAACAGGCGGUAG